UUUAUACUUCACUCUCUCUACUCUCUCUGGCUUCCAAUUGCUUUUUUUAACCCGACCCCUUGCCCGAUGUUCGAGCCCUAACAUUCUCGGAUUUUCUUGAGCAAAUGAGGAACCGCCGCGAAAGUUCUCCGAUUUUAGCCCAAACAUCACCCAUCAUACCAAAUAAAUUUAAUAUGAGAGUUAAAUAAAUUACAUGCACAAAAAAAGAUAAAAAUCCGAACCAAAAAAUGACACAGCUCGAUCUGUCCAAGAAAGUAGCCGAUAGAUAUCUGAAGCGAGAAGUCCUUGGCGAAGGUACCUAUGGAGUUGUGUACAAAGCCAUCGAUACCAAGACAGGACAGAAAGUCGCAAUUAAGAAAAUCCGGCUUGGGAGGCAAAAGGAAGGGGUGAAUUUUACGGCACUUAGAGAAAUCAAGCUCCUUAAAGAGCUUAAAGAUCCGAAUAUAAUUGAGUUAAUUGAUGCGUUCCCCCAUAAGGGUAACUUGCACCUUGUGUUCGAGUUCAUGGAGACAGACCUUGAAGCUGUUAUUCGUGACCGAAAUAUAUUUCUUUCACCGGCUGACAUAAAAUCAUACCUUCAGAUGACACUUAAAGGACUUGCAUAUUGCCACAAGAAAUGGGUUUUACAUAGGGAUAUGAAGCCAAACAACUUAUUAAUCGGAUUAAAUGGACAGCUCAAACUUGCAGAUUUUGGUUUAGCACGAAUAUUUGGCAGCCCAGAUCGCAAGUUUACUCACCAGGUCUUUGCUCGAUGGUAUAGAGCACCUGAGCUGUUGUUUGGUACCAAGCAAUACGGUUCGGGGGUGGAUGUUUGGGCUGCAGCUUGUAUUUUUGCUGAACUUCUCCUGCGUCGUCCUUUUCUGCAGGGUUCAAGUGACAUCGAUCAAUUGGGAAAGAUUUUUGCUGCAUUUGGGACUCCAAAACCUUCUCAGUGGCCUGAUAUGCUAUACCUCCCCGAUUAUGUGGAGUAUCAACAUGUUCCUGCACCCCCUCAACGGUCACUGUUCCCAAUGGCUAGUGAAGAUACUUUAGAUCUGUUGUCGAAGAUGUUUACUUAUGAUCCCAAAGCUAGAAUAUCAGUGCAGCAGGCACUCGAGCACCGAUACUUUUCAUCUGCACCACUGGCUACAGAUCCAGAUAAACUCCCUAGACCUGCACCUAAGCGUGAAUCUAGGGUUUCAGACUUUAACUCACAUGAUGGUCCAACUGUCUUAUCGCCUCCUAGAAAGUCCAGGAGAGUGAUGCCAGAACGUGAGGGUUUUGAAGGAAAUGCCUACCAAGUUGAUAAGAAUGAUGACCAUAUUGGUGAGAUGAGACAGGCAGCUGGUGACAAUACAAGCAGGAAUGAACCAGUCCCAAUGUCGAUAGAUUUUUCUAUUUUUGGAGCAAAACCUCCAAAUAGGCCGACGAUUAACAGUGUUGACAGAACACAUUUAAAAAGGAAAUUAGAUCUUGAAUUCCAACAUCCCGAAUGAGAACAUUUUAUGUCUGGUGUACUCAAAUCCAGAUUUGGUUAUUGUCCAAGGGAUGUAUUACUGCUGGGCCAACACUAUGAGGUUUUGUAGGGGUGAAAAAUAACUGUUAAAAGGUGAAAGGGAAGGCAGGAAGUAGUGGCUCCCCUUCCACGUUUGAGGAGAAUUUGUAUUAUAGCCCACGGAAUGGAAGAACAACAUAUUGAAGGGAUUCUUUAUAGAUAUUAUUUGACUAGAGUUGAUGCUUGAGAACUGUAGAAUUUGAGUAUAUUUUUUAUUUCACUAAAUGAGGAAAGCUCUGUACCCAAAUUGCGGUUAACUGUUUGUGAACGAGAUAAUGUGACCUGUGAUCUCAAUUUGGUUGGAAGAAACCGCUCUAUCGACCAUCAA